AAUGAUACAGAUAUUACGUUAAAGUCUGUUUCCUACACGAAUAGUGUUAACUGUACAAAGAUGGAGUUAUAGCUUAAGUCGGGUUAUUGUUUGAUUAUGCUUAGGCAUCACAGAGAUGAUUAGUUUUGCUUAAAUUUAGGUUAAAGUAAUGGGUGACGGGCAUUGUAAUGGGGAACAGACUUUUCAUCAAGGAUCCCAUCAAGCGGUGUCUUGAACAGCCACGCCGCGUCGUGUGCAGAGAGGACCCGUCAGUCCAUCAUGGCUGCGCCCGGUGGAACUUUAAACUGUGAGGACUUUUCAAUGUUUCAGGAGGUGCUCAAGACAAUGCGCAACAUAGAUGACCGCAUCGUCCAUGCCCUGAAUACCACCGUGCCCACAGUCUCCUUCUCAGGCAAAGUGGAUGCCACACAAACGUGCAAACAACUCUAUGAAUCUAUGAUGGACGCCCAUCUGACCAGAGACAAAGCUAUUAAGUCUUGUAUAGCUCAAACUUCACAGGAGGUGGCACAUCUGCGUGAACAAAGAGCAACAGACAGCGAAAACCUGGCACUCAUCAAACUGCUCAGAAAGGAGCAGACCAAAUUAAAGCUUAUGCAAUCUGAGCUGAAUGUUGAAGAAGUUGUCAACGAUAGAAGUCUGAAGAUUUUCAGUGAAAGGUGCAGAAUCCACUACACGCCUCCGAAGGUGAAGUGAAGCUCCGUCUGAUGAGAGGAGCUGCUUCAUUGAGGUUUCGAAUCCAGACUGGAGCUGAAAACUGUGACCUGCUGCUGAGUCCUGACUGCAGGCUGCAGACCAUCCAGACCGCUCUGACCUCUUCUCCAACACCCUUGUAUUCCAUUGUGAUUGUUGCAUUGCAUUACCACAUCUGUACAACAGCCAUUAGUGUGCUUCUUUAAUGAGAAACAUUGUACAAAAAUAGUUUUUUAUUAAAAAGACAAUGAAAUGUUUUC